GCCACAAUCCUUCAGCCUCACUACUUAUCCUCUUACUAAUUCUGAAGCUAUAAGUUUACACAGUUUGAUCUUAUUCGCAUCAAAGCAUAAACCAUGUUGAGAGCAUUGAGCACAAGAACAGGCCGUCGUGGCUACCAAAGAUUAGUAGCUGAUGAGUCUUUUGUAUCCUCCACUACCGACCGCCGUCGAGGACACCAGCGAUUAGUGGCUGAUGAAUGUGCAGCCAUUAGUCUUUUAGAUGGUAACUUGAAGAGGUCUAAAACAUUGCCCGCUCGAUCAUUUGAUUUAUCUGCUAAACUAGCCUCUCCACAUCAUAUUAAAGUGAAGCCUGCUCCUAAGAAGCUCAGCAAGAUUGCUGCUCACCCGCUCUUUGCUCUCUUUGAUACUCGUCGGAAGAACAAAACUACGGCCAAGCCGGAAUUGGCAAGAUACUUGCAGUAUAUGAGGGAAGGUGGGACGUGGGACGUCAAUUCUAAUAUGCCCGUCAUCUUCUACAAAUGAGAAAGCAAUUUUUGUAGUCUGAUCUUAUUAUUCAAUUUAUUUUUCUUCAAUUAUACCAUAAUGGUUGAAAUUAAAUUUAUUUAUGUUUUUAUUUCUUCCUCAAGAGAAUGUGAAAAUUUUGUGAAUCUUUUGCAAUUCUAACUAUAUGUAAGGGUUGCACGUGAAUUCUUUAAAAUACAUUAUUCAGAAUACUAUUGAGAAUUUGGAAUAUCAUUUUUCCUUGAAUUAA